GCUUUCCUGUGCCCUCCGUGUAGCAGGAAUGGCGACCUACGCGUUAAUGCGAAGCAGUCUGGGACUAUUAAAAAGUCUAAAAUAUCCCUUAAGAGGAGUAUAUCAGAUUCCUAAUGGCACAGUUGCUCAAUCAAAGUUGCAAAAUGCAAGAUGGUAUUGUUCCCGUCACAUGUCUGUGCAGGAGAGAAUCGAAAAGAAGCGAAAUGCAGCGCUCGCGGGAGGAGGACAGAAGAGAAUAGAUGCACAGCACAAACGGGGUAAACUGACAGCGAGAGAGAGAGUUGAGCUCUUGCUUGACCCUGAUUCGUUCGUGGAGUAUGACAUGUUUGUGGAGCAUCGCUGUUCUGACUUCGGCAUGGAGGCAGAUCAUAAUAAGUUCCCAGGGGACAGUGUGGUGACUGGACAGGGCAGAAUCGACGGCAGGCUGGUUUAUGUUUUCAGCCAGGACUUCACAGUGUUUGGAGGCAGUUUAUCAGGCGCGCAUGCUCAGAAGAUAUCCAAGAUCAUGGACCAGGCAAUGCUGGUGGGAGCACCGGUUAUCGGCUUGAAUGACUCCGGUGGAGCCCGCAUUCAGGAAGGAGUCGAGUCCCUUGCGGGAUACGCAGACAUAUUUCUUCGUAAUGUGAUGGCGUCAGGCGUAAUUCCUCAGAUCUCUCUCAUCAUGGGUCCAUGUGCAGGCGGAGCUGUGUACUCACCUGCUCUUACAGACUUUACUUUCAUGGUGAAGGACACCUCUUAUCUCUUCAUCACCGGUCCAGAUGUGGUGAAGUCUGUCACGAAUGAGGAUGUGACGCAGGAGCAGCUGGGUGGAGCAAAAACCCACACUUCAGUGUCUGGUGUUGCUCAUCAGGCCUUUGAAAAUGAUAUUGAUGCCCUUUUGAAUUUACGAGACUUUUUUAAUUACCUUCCACUAAGCAACAAGGAUCCAGCUCCGGUCAUUGAGUGUCACGAUCCCAAAGAUCGCCUGUGUCCUGGUCUGGAUAUUAUUGUUCCUCAUGAAAGCACAAAAGCUUUUGACAUGCUUGAUGUUGUUCACAGUAUAGUAGAUGAGAGGAAGUUCUUUGAGAUUAUGCCCAACUAUGCAAGGAAUAUUGUGGUGGGAUUUGCCAGAAUGAACGGCCGGACCGUGGGCAUAGUAGGAAAUCAACCUAAAGUGGCAUCUGGCUGUCUGGACAUAAACUCGUCCGUUAAAGGGGCUCGAUUUGUCCGAUUCUGUGACGCCUUCAACAUUCCCAUCAUCACUUUUGUAGAUGUGCCAGGAUUCCUGCCAGGCACAGCUCAAGAGUAUGGAGGCAUCAUCAGACAUGGAGCCAAACUGCUUUAUUCAUACGCAGAGGCGACAGUUCCAAAAAUCACAGUCAUCACUAGGAAGGCCUAUGGAGGUGCUUACGAUGUGAUGAGCUCCAAACAUUUAAGAGGAGAUGUCAACUAUGCCUGGCCAACUGCUGAAGUUGCAGUGAUGGGUGCAAAGGGUGCGGUUCAGAUCAUCUUCAGAGGAAAGAAAAACCAAGCUGAGGCUGAAGCCGAAUACGUGGAGAAGUUUGCAAAUCCCUUCCCAGCUGCUGUCAGAGGCUUUGUGGAUGACAUCAUUCAGCCCUCAACCACACGCAAGAGGAUCUGUAGAGACCUAGAAGUGCUGGCCAGCAAAAAACAGACCAACCCCUGGAAAAAACAUGCCAACAUUCCCCUGUAAAUCAAAAAAAUUGUUCAACACUACUUAUUUUAUAGCAUUUCAUGACAUUUGUGGUCACUCAGACUGGAGAAAUGUAAGAAAUCAUGUUUUUUCACAUGGUUUGUUGUGCCUUAUCUCCUUUACCUGUUACCUUAUUUGAACUAAAACUCAUGAAAACAAUAAAACACUCCCACAGUUCAUGAUUA